UCGUGGGAAAAAUAAACGUACAUCACAAGCAAAGCAUAUCUCUCUUCGAUGUCGAGAACAGGAAACUUACCUUGGAUACCCAUACCAAGAAUCUAAGAAUUUCUUAUAUUGAGUGAGAAAUAUAAAAAUAAAAUAAAGAUGGAAAAUAAGACCCAAUUUACUCGAAAAAGAGAAAGAGAAGGUACAAAAUUUGUUGACAGGAUUGAAUUGUUGUGGUGAAAGAGAGAUGGGUUUGCUCUCCAACAGAGUGGAGCGGAAUGAGAUCAAGCCAGGGGAUCACAUCUACACUUACAGAGCAGUCUUUGCAUACUCUCAUCAUGGUAUCUUUGUCGGAAGCAGCAAAGUGGUUCAUUUCACGCGUGUUGCGACCUCUUCCACGUCCAACCACGAAGCACACAGCGUGACUGAAGCGUGUCCGACCUUUCCUGACUGCGGUCUGAGGCAGCCAGGCAGCGGGGUUGUCCUCUCUUGCAUCGACUGCUUCCUCAACAACGGCUCCCUUUAUUCCUUUGAGUACGGAGUGAGCCCAUCCGUUUUCCUUGCUAAAGUACGUGGAGGCACGUGCACGACUGCAGCAUCAGAUCCGUCCGAGACAGUCAUUCACCGGGCAAUGCAUCUAUUCCGGAAUGGAUUUGGGAACUACGAUGUGUUCCAGAACAACUGUGAGGAUUUCGCCCUGUACUGCAAGACGGGGCUCCUCACAGUUGAGCGCCUAGGCGUGGGAAGAAGCGGACAGGCUUCUUCCGUCAUUGGUGCGCCGUUGGCAGCUCUUCUCUCGUCCCCUCUCAAGCUACUGAUGCCAAGCCCCGUCGGGGUGGCUACGAUGACAGCAGGGAUGUACUGCAUUAGUAGAUAUGCAACUGACAUCGGUGUCCGAUCCGACGUUGUCAAGGUCUCUGUGGAGGAAUUGUCUAUCAACCUUGGUUGGGGAAGUGAUCAAGAAAAUGUGGUCUCUAACAGCCAACAAAUCAGGUGAUGUAGUGAAAUAUGCCCUAAUGCCUGUCUUCUGUUGUUGACAUUUAAGUAAAAAUGUCACUCAACACAACUAACUCUUCCAUAUGUUUGAUGUGGUCGAAACUGUUGUUUUAUUUAUGUUGGUUGUCUUGAUCA